UGCCGCCAAUCUUCGCUCUGACUUUCUUCAGCUCCUUCGCACCCGCCGUCCUCCUCAAGUUCAACUCUGUGUGGUGCCUGGAAAACCUGUGACUGAUCCAUUAUAUCAGGAAAGUCCAAAGCCAACAUUCAGUGAGGUAAUGGCAUCUUGCCCUAAGGAAGAUAUACCCAAUUUGAAGGAACUUCUUCAGGAGGAAAAUUUCUACCUGACCACAGAGGAAGGAGAGCAAGGGCGGUUGCCUGUCUUGGUAUUGAGCAUGAAGGAAAGUGAUAAGAAGAAGAGGCCAGCUGUUGUCUUCCUGCAUAGUACAAACAAAUGCAAAGAGUGGUUACGGCCAUUGCUUGAGGCGUAUGCUUCAAGGGAUUACAUAGCUGUAGCAAUUGAUUCUCGAUAUCAUGGAGAACGUGCCACCAAUAUGACAACAUAUCGAGAUGCCCUUAUAUCAUCAUGGAAGAAAGGUGAUACAAUGCCUUUCAUAUUUGAUACGGUCUGGGACUUGAUAAAACUGGCAGAUUAUCUGACAGAGAGGGAAGAUAUUGACUCCUCAAGGAUUGGAAUUACUGGUGAAUCACUUGGAGGUAUGCAUGCAUGGUUUGCUGCAUUCGCUGAAACUCGCUAUGCAGUGGUUGUUCCUAUAAUUGGAGUUCAGGGCUUUCAGUGGGCUAUUGAACAUGACAGGUGGCAGGCAAGAGUUGACAGUAUCAAGGCUGUGUUUGAAGAAGCACGUGCUGAUUUAGGCAAGAAUGAAAUUGAUAAAGAAGUGGUUCAGAAGGUCUGGGACAGAAUUGCUCCAGGUUUGGCAUCUCAGUUCGAUUCACCAUACACAGUACCAGUCAUUGCACCACGCCCCUUGCUGAUUUUAAAUGGAGCGGAAGAUCCUCGUUGUCCCAUUGCUGGCCUGGAUAUUCCGAAAUCAAGAGCCCAUAAAGCUUAUGAGAAUGCUGGUUGUCCACUUAAUUUCAAGGUACAAUGUUAUCCUCACUGCCUCCCUCCUUUUUUCAGGAAAACAAAGCAUGUUUCCUUUCUUCACCAUCAGCUAAUUUUGAUUCCAAGGGUUCAAACGGGGAAAACAAGGGGCAUGUUUCCUGGAAAAUGUUUUCUUGAAAAAUAAGUGGUUCUUACUUAU